AUGUCCAUAAUAAUUAUGGGCGACUUUAGCCAUCAGAGCUCCUAUACUAAGAAUGGCACAGAACUCCGAGCCGACCACGAGUCCAACGCUCUUGGAGCGCAUGAACACCAACGAAAGACUAACCAACGAAACACUCUUAACGACGUCGAGGCCGCUUUGUUCGGUCCCGAUCUCCGGCCGCCUCGCGCUCGGCCUUCUCCAAUCCAGGGCGGACCCGGCGCCGGGUCGGCGCCGAUCCGAGAAAUGGUGUAG